AAGAAAAUGGAAAAAACCAUGGAACAGAAAAGGAUGCAGCCUUGGCAGUUUCACCCUUUCCUGCAAACCGCUCAGUUUUACAACAAUUCCAUGGACGGGGUGUAUCUGGGCAAGAAUGGGGAGCUGGCAGCUGAUUUUGACAUUGUGAACUGGUUAUGGUUUCCCAACAAGUCUGUAGCCAGAGUGAAAUUUGGGAGUUACGCAAGACAGAGUUCCCAGGAACCCAUCUUUGUCAUUGACCAACAUGCUGCUCUCUGGCCCCAAAGGUUUAACAAGAAUCUGCCUCCCUCCAGGUGUGUGGAAAGUUGUCAGUCUGGAUACUUCAGGGAAAGCCAGGAAGGGAAGCCCAUCUGCUGCUACAACUGCGUUCCCUGUGCAGAAGGGACCUUCUCCUCUCAGGAAGAUGCAGAUUAUUGCACCAAAUGUCCAGAAGAUCAACAUCCAAAUAAGGAGCGAGAUAAAUGUCUCCCUAAGGAAAUAACUUAUCUGGCCUUCAGUGACAAUCUGGGGACCAUCUUAACUUCUCUUGCAUCCUCUUUGACCUUAAUUACUACCCUUGUCUUAGCAAUCUUUAUUAAAUGUAGAGAAACUCCCAUUGUCAAAGCCAACAACCGGGACCUCUCUUACAUCCUCCUUGCCACUCUCCUGCUUUCCUUCCUCUCCGCAUUUCUCUUCAUUGGACGACCAAAGAGAGCCACCUGCCUUCUCCGACAAGCGACCUUCAGCAUCAUCUUCUCAGUGGCCGUCUCUUCUGUCUUGGCCAAAACAAUCACAGUUGUGCUGGCUUUUCUGGCCACAAAGCCAGGAAACAGAGUGAGAAAAUGGCUUGGAAAGAGUUUGACCAACUCCAUCAUCCUUUCUUCUUCCGGUGUCCAGGUGGUCAUCUGCAGCAUCUGGCUGGUGGUCUCUCCCCCGUUCCCUGAUUCUGACAUGCAGUCUCAACCAGGAAAGAUUGUGCUUCAGUGCAACGAAGGGUCUCUUACCAUGUUUUAUGUUGCUCUCGGUUACAUGGGAUUCCUGGCAGCCAUUUGUUUUAUAGUGGCUUUCCUGGCCCGGAAUCUGCCUGGGGCCUUCAAUGAAGCCAAGCUGAUCACCUUCAGCAUGCUGGUCUUCUGCAGCGUCUGGGUCUCCUUUGUGCCAGCCUACCUGAGCACCAAAGGGAAGUACAUGGUGGCUGUGCAGAUCUUCUCCAUCUUGGCCUCCAGUGCUGGCCUGCUGGCCUGCAUCUUCAUGCCCAAAUGCUACAUUAUUUUGAUAAGACCAGAUCUGAAUGCAAAGGAGCAGCUAACUGUGAAAACUUAGGUCAGCAACUGGUUCUAAUACAUAUUUUUUCCACAAUGUCACCAUUUCACACAAAGUUUGUGUUCUAAAAAAUCUUGUAAUGAAAAAUGUAUAUUUUUAUUCUGGGCUUUUAAAAAAUGUAUUCAAAUCUACGAGUCGUAUUUCAGUUCUCACACUUAUUUUUUAUGUAUGGUUACCUACUGUAGGUAUUUCUUAUUCUUUAUAUCCACAUAGUCUGAUUAAUUUUUCAGAAUUAGAAUCUAAAAUUAUUAUUUGGACCUUUCUAUAUAUUGACCUGCCUUUCUGUAGCCAGUGGAUCAGGGUUUGGUGUUACAUUUCUGUGAUUCGGCACUGCAAGUUUUAUAUAUAUCUGGAUGAUUGAGAAUCUCCAUAGAUACCACAUUAAAGGCUUUGUGUCACAUUACACCAAAACAUAAAGGAUCCAAAUAUUUGGAUUUGACAGUC